UGCACGAGCAAAUGUUUGAACUUCAUAAAGAGGAAAAGGAGAAAGGGAGUGAAGACUUUGUGGAUCUUCUCUUGAGGUUGGAGAGGGAAGAGACUGUUGUUGGACAUGAAAACCUCACAAGAAAUCAUAUCAAAGCAAUAUUGAUGAACGUUCUUCUUGCAGGAAUCGACACUUCUUCAAUUACAAUGACAUGGGCAAUGGCUGAACUUGCUAGAAACCCUAGAGCGAUGAAAAAGGUUCAGUCUGAAAUCAGAAACCAAAUGGGGAAGAGAUCAGUGAUCAGCUUGGAUGACAUAGAUCAGCUUAAGUAUCUGAAAAUGGUGAUCAAAGAAACAUGGAGACUACAUCCACCAGCACCUCUUCUAGUCCCAAAAGAAGUAAUAUCUGAAUUUGAGGUCAAUGGCUACAUGAUCCAACCCAAGACAUUACUUCACGUAAAAGUUUGGGCUAUUGGGCGUGAUCCUGGAACCUGGAAAGACCCUGAGAUGUUUCUACCGGAAAGGUUCAUUGGUAGUAACAUUGACACAAAAGGACAGAACUUUGAGUUGUUGCCGUUUGGAGGUGGCAGGAGAAUCUGUCCAGCAAUGUACAUGGGAACAACAAUGGUGGAGUGUGGUCUUGCAAAUAUGUUGUAUAAUUUUGAUUGGGAGUUACCAGAAGAUAUGAUGGUUGAAGAUCUUGACAUGGAAGAAGCUCCUGGGCUUACUGUGAGCAAGAUAAAUGAGCUUCUGCUUGUUCCUGUUGAGUACUUGGAUCAUUGA